AUGGGCAGAGCUCCAGAGGACGUGUCUCGGCACAUGUUGAGAUGUCCUCCAAACAAGAGUGUGGGGAUCCGGGGCCAGCGACCGUGGCGAAGGACCGGGCGGAAGCCCCCCGUCCCGGCAGCCCUCGGGGUGCUGCUGGCCCUGGCCCUGCUGGCCCUUGCCCACCUGCCCCCAUUGCCGGACCGCUCCCCCCACCUGCCUCCGGCAUCGUCCCUCCCAGGCCCCAGGUGGGAGGCAGCCGCCCCCCUAGCCGGGGGACGAGCCCAGAGCGAAAGGCCCCCCGCUCACCUGCGGCGGGACCAGCCCCCUGGCCGGGGCAGGAGGUGGCGGCGGGGGCUUGUGGGGGAUGCUCCCCCGUGGCUCUCCGACGAUGACCUCCAGAAGAUGCAUCUGCUGGCUGGCGGGCGGGUGGUCUCCAAAACCCGCGUCCCGGCCCAUGGGCAAGUCCUGCGAGUGGGGCUGCGGGCUGUGGGGGAUGCCGAGGGGGACACGUCGCCAGCCAGCCCCGAGGGGGACUGCUGGGAUGGGCGCUGCGGGCUCAUCAAGCGCCCCGGGGACCUCUACGAGGUGCUGGCCUUCCACCUGGACAGGGUGCUGGGACUGAACCGCAGCCUGCCCGCCGUGGCCCGGCGCUUCACUAGCCACCUCCUGCCCUACAGCUACACCAACGGCUCCCUGCGACCCAUCAUCUGGUGGGUGCCUGACCUCCGGCACCUGGAGGACGCCAACAACGACCAGAACUCCUGCGCCCUGGGGUGGCUGCAAUACCAGGAGAUGCUGCGGCCCCACGGACCGACACUGGCAGCUGGGGAUGCUCCCUGCUCCAGCAUCCCACGCAGCGAGUGGAGUCGCCUGGCCCUCUUCGACUUUCUCCUCCAGGUUCACGACCGCCUGGACCGCUACUGCUGUGGGUUUCAGCCUGAUCCUUCUGAGCCUUGUGUGGAGGAGAGGCUCCACGAGAAGUGCCGAAACCCAUCGGAGCUGGUCCUGGUCCACAUCCUGGUCCGGAGGAGCGCACCGUCCCGCCUGGUGUUCAUCGACAACGCGGGCAGGCCACAGCACCCCGAGGAGAAGCUCAACUUCAGGCUCCUGCAAGGCAUAGACAGCUUCCCAGCGGCAGCGGUGGCCACGCUGCAGUCGGGCAGGUUGCAGAGCCUGCUGCUGGAGUCACUGCGCAUGGACCGGGAGCUCUGGGAGAGCCAGGGCGGUGCCGAGGGCCUGAGACCCCUGCUUCGGACCAUCGACGGGCGGGCACGUGUCCUGCUGCGGUACAUCCAGGAGUGCAACCUGACGGUGUUUGAGGACUCGCUGCGCUGA